GUGAUUUUAAGGGAGUAAUGUGCUUAAAGUAAUGUCCCCAUUGUUCUAACAGCCCCUGGCGUUUUUCCUGUUGUUGCCUCUGCAGUGGGAUUUUGCUGUUCUCUUCAAAGGUUCACACUCACACACACACACACUCACACAUACACACACACACACACACACUCAUGAGGAGCACUGGGGGGACACCCUGAGCCCAGCUAUGUGCUGUUUGUGCAGAAAUGAAUGCUUUGCAGGGGGAGCUUUGGAAAGUGUAGAUAGCAGCUGCAGAGAAAGCCUCCUAUCCUGCACAGUCAGCUCCAGGGAAGAGUAAAGCAGGCACAGGGCUGCACUGGGGAAGGAGCCUUUUUUUGGCUCAUCAUUGCCAUGCUCAGCCCCCUGCCCACUGGCACCAGGAUCACUGCAGCAUCUUGCCAACCUGUUACAUCCCUGGGAUUCUAAUUGUUUGGAGUCCUUGCGCGUCGCUCAGAUUGGGGAUUACACCGCUGGAAGAAGAAGCCCCUAUUUAUUAACUACUUUCAGUGGAUUCCUGUACAAAGCAUCCCAAUGCCGUUGUCUUUGCUUUUCGCCCUUAUCUUGGCAAACUUUUGCAGCCAAGUCCUUUCCAGCCAGAGUGGAUCUAUAAAGUCUCCGCGACCCCUGAGUCUAAAGAGAGAUGAGAGCAACCUCCUUACGAAACUGUACCGAAAAGAAGAAACCAUUCACAUUACAGAAAAUGGCUGCAUAAGCAGCCCUCGAUUUCCCAACAGUUAUCCUCGAAACCUCCUUCUCACAUGGAAACUAAGCUCAGCAGAAAACACCAGAAUUCAGCUUGCUUUUGACAGUCAGUUUGGGUUGGAAGAGCAAGAAAAUGAUGUAUGCAGGUAUGAUUUUGUGGAGGUGGAGGAAGAUUCUGAGACCAGUUCAGUCAUUCGUGGAAGAUGGUGUGGCCAUAAGGAAGUUCCUUCAAGACUGACAUCAAAAGCGAAUCAAAUAAAAGUCACCUUCAAAUCUGAUGACCAUUUUGUGGCUAAACCUGGCUUCAAGAUAUGCUACUCUCUUGUGGAAGAAGACAUCCCGACCCAAACGGAAGAGGGUGAGUGUCCAUGUGCCAGUUCUCCCCAAAAGAAUGAUUUUCUGCCGGCAGCCUCGGAGACAAACUGGGAAUCGGUCACCAGCUCCUUUUCAGAACUGUCCUAUCACUCACCAUCAGUGACUGGUUCCACUGUUACUACUGAAGCACUGGACCAAACCAUUGCCCAGUUUGACACAGUUGAAGAGGUACUGAAACAUUUCAAUCCCGAAUCAUGGCAGGAGGAUCUAGAAAAUCUCUAUACUGAUACAUCUCAGUUCCGUGGGAGAACAUUUCAAGAAAAAAAAUCGAAAGUCAAUUUGGACAGACUUAAUGAUGAUGUCAAGCGCUACAGCUGUACUCCAAGAAAUUACACAGUGAAUUUAAGAGAAGAAUUAAAAAUUACCAAUGCUGUAUUCUUUCCUCGAUGCCUGCUCAUCAAGCGCUGCGGAGGAAACUGUGGCUGCGGAACACCAAACUGGAAAUCUUGUAUUUGUACAGCUGGCAAAACAGUGAAAAAAUACCAUGAGGUGCUGAAAGUCAUGCCGGAAAACAGUAACAACAAAAAAACGAAGAGCAAAUCCAAGAAUAUGUCCAUUGUUGACAUCCAGCUUGAGCAUCAUGAGCGAUGUGAUUGUAUCUGCAGUUCUAGGCCACCUCGAUAAAAGAAAGUCCUUCAAGAUGAUCAACAGCUUUAUGAACUAUAAUGUACAGUCAUCUAAAAUGUCUUUAUUUGGCAUAAGAACAUUGAUACUAGCCUUAAGUCUAACCAUACAUAUUACUGCGGUGCUCCUAAAUAUCUUUGUGUCCUAAAAAUUUCUGUGUGGUUGACUAGAAAAAUCACGCAGAGACAUAUCUAAGGAACUUGGUUUCAGAGGCGCAACCAUGAAGCAUUUUACUGUGCAAAGAGUAUGGAAUACUAAAGCAAACAAUUAGACAUUUUGAAAUCUAAAUGACCAAGUGAAGUGCCAUAAAUACUUACCUAUCAGUAUCGGAUUCUACAUCUUAUUAUAUGUCGCAGGGCAAGGCUUCACGUAGACUUGUUUAAUGCAGUUAUUUUCCACUCAUAGGGUUUCAUACAUUUUCAGUUAUGGUUUUUGAUUUUGUUGUUAUUUUAAGCAAGUCAUUAAGAAAUGUCUUCAUUAAAAUCCUAUUUGUUUGAUACCAUAUAUUCAGCAACAUCUCAAUAAUAGGAACGCUUGUAAAAUCAGAAAGUAGCAGAUUGGUAUUACGGCAUGAAAUGUGAUUAUAUGAGAUUAAAGCGGACUCACAAUCGUCCGACCUGAGGGCAGGCUUUGGGAAUGAGAAAUGUUUACCACAUUUAAAGGUUUAUAAUUUAAAUAAUCCAAUUUAACUUAAGUAGCUUCGCUGUAUAGAGCUUAGUAGUAUGUGCUUUAUUUAUAUUGGGAAUAUGUUCUAAAAUUAAAGUAUUUUUUUAAAGUGAAAGUUCUAAAACCGCUCGUGCAUGUACAGCAUAAUGAAGGGCAAGGCUUCAAAGGGUGCGAUUCUUAUGAUGGCUAUCCUAUGGCACUUCAGCAGUUACGCACUUCCAAAUUAGCAGUCUCCACCAGCAACUGGGAUCACCAAUAAAUCCAUAUUGUGUGUGUGUUUUUGUUUCCAUCUACAUGUUAUUUUCCAGUGUAUUUCCUGAAAUAAAAAUCAAUAAAAAUAGAAAUACAAAUGAA